AUGCAAGCAUCUCCUGCAUCUAUCGAGGGAGAGAAUGUGAAGAUACAAGUCGCCGCAGACCAUGUCGACGUUCCACCCAAUUCUCCCGACGACAGCAAUGUCAGCCUCUGGAGAGAACUGCGGGCAAUUAAGUGGAAGAAAUGGCUCGUCAUCAUCUCGCUGGGCUUCAUCUACAACAUGGGCAUCAGCAUCUAUCUUUGUGUCUCUCCAAUCAUUGGAAUUAUCAACGCCGACAUAGGCCCCGACCCUGCGUACAGCUGGCUCCCUACGUGCUGGACCGUGGCAACCGGCGUCGGCUUGAUCGUUGCCGGUACGCUCUCCGAUGUUCUCGGACGACGGUGGUUCGUCAUUGGAACAGGGGUUUUGGGGGUUGCAGGUGGUAUCUGUGGGGCAUUGGCCCAGAACAUUCCCACUGGAGCAAUGAACACUCUUGCAGCCAUCGCUGAGAUCGUCCCCACUCGCCUGCGUGGCAUUAUUCUCGGCGCCGUCAAUGCAGGCAUACUGGUCUGGGCAACAUGCGGAUCUCUGAUCGGACAUGAGGUUGCUGUCCACACCGCUCCAGGAUGGAGAACCUUGUUCUGGAUUAUUGUGGCUGCAAAUGGUCUCGCAACUCUGCUUGUGGCUAUAAACUACUUCCCGGCGAAGCCACUUGCUGCGGGAAUGAAGACUCGACGUCAACUCCUGAAAGAGUUUGACUAUGUCGGCCUCGCUUUGGCCACCGCUGGACCAACCUUGUUUUUCGUUGGCAUCAAGUACGUUCCGACCUACGGGGCGAAGAGCGGAUACUUUCUGGGACCUUUCCUUGCGGGUAUCGCUCUCAUGGUUUGUUUGGGAUUCCAUCAGGCCUUCUAUGCUUCGAAUCCUAUCAUGAAGCGUUUCCUUUUUCGACGCGUUCGCGAGUUUACCCUCAUCCUGGUCGUCGCGGCAGUGGGUGGAAUGCUCUUCUAUUCCAUUGUCGCCUUCUUUUCGACAUAUCUUCGUGUCAUGUUCCAUGGGGACAACACAAGAGCAAUUGGGUUGGACUAUAUGCCAUUUGGCGCCGGAACAAAUGUAGGAGGGGUGUCGUCUGCGUUGCUACUCCCUAUUAUCGCUCCCAUCAUUGGGACCAGGCUCCACCUCGCGAUUGGAGUCACGCUCCAGGUACUCUUUAUUCCACUGAUGUGUCUCCCAACUGCAAACUCGAGGGGCAUGGCAUUGGCCUUUUCCUUCUUCGCUGGGACAGGUAUCGGCUGGGUCGAGCUGCUUACCAUUCUUCUAAUCCAGCUGGCGACCCCGGACGAGUGGAUCGGGGUUGCCACUGGGCUCCUAGGAAUGAUGCGGUCUAUCGGGGGAUCUGCUGGAUCCGCGGUCUAUACAACCAUCCUCAACAGCAGGAGCGCAGAUCUCAUUCCCGAGUAUGUGGGCUCAGCUGCGCUCGAAGCAGGGCUUCCAGCAGGCUCUUUACGACAACUACUAGGGAUCUUGACCGGCGUCGUCACCGGCGAAAGCAUUACUGAUGUACCGGGCAUUAGUCCCAGCAUUAUCCAAGCGUCGACAAGCGCCUUGCACAAAGCAUGGAGGCAGGCAUUCCACUAUGUCUGGCUUACAAGUAUUCCGUUCGGCGUGAUUGCUCUUGGUUGCGCUAUCAUGACCAAAGAUGUAGGCGGCUCAGAAGUAUUUAUGGCUUUAAUGGUUUGA